AAAACCACAUGACUAUGUAAUUUUCGGAGGAAGUGGGCCAAAGCAGCGAGAGGUACGGGACGUACUGACGGUCGUUGUAACACUUUAGCGUGGAUUUUGUGGAUUUCAAAACAGUAGAAACAGUCCGUGAAACCGGCUGGAUAGCUAGCGCUGUCGAGCAAACAAGUCAACCGCUGAGCUCGCGCUUCUUCUUCAGUCACUACGUGGUGAACGUCAACAACAAAGAUGUCGGGAGAGCCGAUCCUCAUCACACUGGAAACGGGCGACGGGGCCCCGAGUUCAUUCCCGGUGGUUUUGAAGAAAGUAAUGGAAAUGCCUCCGCCGAAUAUACUGGACGGGGACGACGACACCGACAAGGAAAAGCUGUGCCUGGGAGAUGAUGUCGACCUGGGGGGAGGAGGUAGCGAUAUGGGUCCUUCAGCCGCCUUGACUCCUGCUAUCUGGGAGAAGACCAUUCCUUAUGAUGGUGAGAACUUCCACCUGGAGUACAUGGACCUGGAGGAGUUUCUCAUGGAGAAUGGCAUCCCCACCUCGACUGAUGAGGACUCCCUAAAGAGCAGCCCUGAAGCAGACACCAUUGAAACGGAGAAAGUUAAGGCUACUUCCUCUGCACAGACAAAGGUUAACAAGGCAGCAAGCGUGUCCCCAGUGGCCCUGCUGCCCAUUCAGGAGUUGGAUGGGUGUGAGGAGGAAGUGGUGAUCAUCACCAAGAGUGACACUGAUAUCAUAUGUGAUGUUACUACAGCCACUGAAGAGGACAGAGCGACCCCCGAGCCUGUCAACCCCGAGGAAAUCGUGGUCGAUAUCAACUACGAGCCAGAUCCCACAGACCUGGUUCUGUCAAGUGUGCCUGGGGGCGAACUGUUUGACCCGCGCAAACACAAGUUUACGGAAGAUGAGCUCAAGCCACAGCCUAUGAUCAAAAAGGCCAAGAAGGUGUUUGUGCCUGAAGAGCAGAAGGAUGAGAAGUACUGGCAGAGAAGGAAGAAGAACAACAUGGCUGCCAAGCGUUCACGUGACGCCCGCAGGUUAAAGGAGAACCAGAUCACGGUCCGAGCAGCUUUCCUGGAGCGUGAGAACACAGUGCUGCGGACGGAGGUCGCAGAGUUACGGAAGGAGUGCGGCCGCUACAAGAACGUUGUGGGUCGCUACGAAGCCAAAUUUGGACCACUUGCGGUGCCGGAAGACCACUAGACAACAGUUGAUUUAUUCAUUUAUUUCCUCUAAUGAAUCAAUAAAUCAAAACCAUUGAAGUUGGUUAUGUGAGAGCGCUAGAAUCGAUCAGAUGAAGAAGAGGAGGAAGAGGAGUGUGACUGUUGUUGCCAUGGAAACGCAAUAGCAUGUUAAGACCUGAUAUCUGUUUUUCUUCUUUUUUUUAUGACUUCUAUUUACCAUUCAUGGGAGUGAGAUGAGUGUGAGAGGAUAUUCAAGUGCUUCUUCAGUACACCUCUUUUAUGAAGUGUGCUUUUAUCAUGUUUUGUAUGCCUUUGGCCGAAAGAGAUCAUUUGUGAUGUUUAUUUUGGAGAAACUGUGGGUUUUAUUUUAUUUUGUUUUUUAGAUGACAUAGUUGAUAUUUAGGUAGCAGUUACAAUAGUUUAGACCAGAUUCUUAGUCAGUUUUAUGAUAUAGAAAUAAACUGAUUUGCAGGUUGCUUCCAGUUCUUUCCAUAUUUUAAUGACUUCUGAAACCCGCUUGUCCGUUUUUAUUUUCAGAUUUAUAUAUUAGUAUAUUUUAGAUUUUGUGGAGAGCUGGGCUUUUCUUUGCUCACAAAAACUUAAGACUUUUCCAGUAACCUAAGCUUCUUCAGGGGAUUACAGUGACGUGGCUAAAGAAAUGCAGCCAUGUUCACUUCUCUUCAUGUACUCACUCUUACCAGCGGCACAGAGCUGUACAUAAACACUCUGUUCUCCUUUUCAGUGUACGUCUCGCUGUCACUCUCGUGCUGUGUUUGUCGCUGAGUAGGACGCCUGCUCGGCUUCCUGCAGGUCGUCAUGUUGAGUCGUCUAUUUAAGUCUGUAACGCUUCAGACGUGUUGUGUGUAGAAUCCAUCGAUGCACGUACUGUAAAUAGUUGUAGCCUAAAAUCAUACUUUAUAUAUUAUUUUCCAACAUACAAACAUAUUCAUUCUCAUAGGACUUGAUAACUCAGAUGCAGUGCCAGUCCAGUUUUUGAACAAGCUGUCUUUAAUGUUUGGAAAAGAUAUUAAGCAAUUGUGAAUUUCUUAAAAGUUUAUGAGCUGACAUUUGGCCCCCACAGCCUCAUAAUGGCAGAGUGUCUAACAUUCUUGUGCUAAAGACAUGCUGUUUGAUGCUAAAGGAACUCUUUAAUUAGUGCUCUAUUAAAGGCAGCUGGUGGUGAAAGGUUAAGCCUGGAAAAACACAGACAUCUUUGUUGAUGUUGUCUUCUAUAGGGGCUUCUAUACCUUAAGGUAAUCAAGCUCAUAUUUAUAAUAAAUUUAAAAAUAAAUUUCUCGAGAUAAACAACGAAAAACAAUAGAAGUGUUCAAGAACCUUGAAUGUAUGCAUUUAGAUUGUAGAAUCUGUGAAGUUCUUUUUAGGAUAUUCAUCAGACUUAUCACCCAAUUUCUCUUUAUUCAUUUGUGAAUGAACUUCUUAAGAAAUUCUCUCUCAGACGUUUAAACUGGCAGUGUCUGUUGCCAGCUGAUGUUUUUUAAUCAUUCUUUUGACAAACCAGGAAGUCUCCGUAAAUGCAGACUGUAUCGGGGCAUCUUUUUCACAGAAUAAAGAAGCCCGAAGUCUCUAAAUGUCUUCUAUGUCUAAAGCCAUUUCAAUGCAGUGUGCAGUCUGCCAGUUUACAGGGGGGCAUACUUUUGAGCGUUACAUCUGAAUAUUAAAGUUGUUGAUCUGGAUUAUUUUGACAAAAAGGGAAAGACGUUGUUCUUUGCUGCUGUGCUUCCAUCCAUGAUAUUUUAACUUUUUACCAAAUUCAAUAUUCUGCUCUCUUUCUUUGGGAAAGGGUUUCAGUGUGUGAAAAAUUAAAUGCAAUCUAAACUAAUAAAGGUUAUUUUUUUUAGCAUUACAACUAGCAGUAAGUACAGUUAUCUGUCUUAUAUCUGUCCUCACCUUUUUUUUUUUUUUUAAUGAAGUGCAUUCUUCUCUGUGGACAUCAACGAUAAGUCAGGGUGGCCACAUUUAUCCACAGUUUUUGUGGAAAUAAUUUUACAGUUUAAUUUCAGUCAUGAAAGAGUCAAAUUCUCCAUAACAAAGUCUCUACAGUGUAAUUUUUGAAUCACAAUUUUUUAAUGCUUUCUGCUAUAACAGAGAUUGCGUCUGCCUUCUAUCUGGAACAGGUCAAUUUGUUAACUUUGAGGGGUUGUUUUUAAUCCUCCUGGUUCCGUCUUUGUAUUUCUUUUUAUGGAAAUGUCUUUGCAUUUUGAGUGUGGCUACUUUUUGUCUUGUAUAUACAGUAUAUAUAAAUAAAGCCUUGUUGAGAAAGUC